CAAGCUUGAAAUUGACCCAUUCUUUUGCCGACUAACGUCAUAACGAAACCUUGGUUCAGCCGUUUCGUUUUAAGCAAGAGUAGCUAGGUAAAGGAUAGAGAAGAAACGUGAUAUGGGUAAACUGUUGGGCUACGUCCCAAGAAUUUGUCGAGUGUACAUUUUAUUAUAGAGGAGAAGCCUGGUUAAUGUUACUGAAGGAGUUACACCGACCACUAGGCAGUGGAGCACUGAACCUCACAAAAUUUAACCGAAUCUGGAUGUUGUAUAUAUAGCUGUGCUAUGCAAGAACUGUAAAAUAAAGAAUAGAAAUGACCAAUUAUGACAGAAGCGGUCAGGUGGAAGUAUGGGCUAAAGAGGAAUGGCACCCAGCGACUGCAACUUUAAAUGGUGAUGCCGGGUGUUUGUUUAUUACACUAGAAAAUCCUUCAACAAACCAAAGAGAUGGCGCAGAAACUCUCAACACAUCAGCAAUUUCAGCUGAACAAUAUCGAGAUUCAUUGGCCAAUCAGAAACGAAUCGUCCGUAUAGUUAAAUCGGACAAUACUGGUUUAGGCAUAUCAAUUAAAGGCGGCCGAGAAAACCGAAUGCCCAUUUUGAUUUCUAAAAUUUUCAAGGGAUUGCCAGCUGAUCGAACUGAACAGCUUUAUGUUGGGGAUGCUAUUCUGUCUGUCAAUGGAGAAGAUUUGCAUAACGCAACGCACGACGAGGCCGUUUCUGCUUUGAAGACCGCUGAAAAUACUGUUGAAUUGGAAGUGGUGACAUCAUUCUACAUUGCAGUGAAGUAUCUCCGCGAGGUGACGCCGUACAUCCGAAAAGCUUCGCUUCUCAGCGACAUCGGAUGGGAGUUGCAGCGCCAAUUCCUGGGCUUUUCCCACGUCGCCCAAACAUCGACCAAACCGGAUACGCGAUCGGUCCCUCUCCUCUUUUGUUACCUAGCCAGGCGGCUGAAAGCGGCAAAGAAAAAUGAUCACCGUAUUUUGGAAAUUCAUUCACCCGAUGGAUUACAAUCUUGCCUUCUUCGUGCACCAGACACCACGCAAGCAUCCCAAUGGUUUGUAUCCUUGCACACGACCCUUUCGGUGUUAUCUUCACGUGGUUUAGCCGAGAAUGGGCAUCGGAUUGCCAAAGCAUUGAACACGGCUUCCAUACGGAUGUGGGGUUGGCUGGCUCUCUUGGGUCACCGACCUAAAGACGCCCAGAAUAGUGUCAAUAUGGAUAAUGGAAGUUUGAACAGUCAUGGCAAUGAGCCAUCAUCCCUGAUGAGCGAAAAUUGGCAACCGGUAUUUGUGGCCUUGACCGAUCGUGAUGUCUUGCUUUAUGACUCGGUACCGUGGAGUAUUGAUGGCUGGACAAAGCCGAGUGCUCGCAUACCACUUCUAAUGACCAGGUUGGUAAGCAGCAACAAGAGCAAUUCGGAGGGAGAGUACUGCACCUUUUGCAUUCGUACUGGAACAUCAAAAGGAGUAGUCAAUCGCGUAUUCCGUGCGGAAUGCGAACGCGAUUUAACUUUGUGGGCCCGUGGCCUUGUUACAGGAACACAUAACUGUGUCGUUGCCAUCAGAGAAGCUGCUUGGGAUUGUUUGUGGCGAGGACAAGAGGCUCGCCUUUAUCUGCACUAUGAAGACGGCUUGAAACUGUAUCCAGCUAGCGAGAUGCAGUCUGCUGAACGAUCUAACACGUUGCCUGUUCCAUUUUGGAAAGCUUCCUUUGGCAAUUUACGCCAUUCAGCCGAUGAUGGCGUGCGCAUUUUGUGGCUUGAUAUCGGAAAUGAAGAAGGGGAAAUGGAGUUGGACAUGUUAACAUGCCCGAAGCCGUUUGUGUUUACUUUACAUUCUUUUUUAUCCGGUAAAAUCAAUCGUAUGGGGAUGAUCACGUGAUUCCCCGGCGAAAGAUCUUUUGCAACUAUUUCUUUCCAUCAAUCAUAAUUCCGUUUAUGCCUGCCGAAGACAAAAGUUUAUACCAAGAGCGAAGACGCCAGUUACGAGAAGUAAAUAUUCUAUUUCUUGUCAGCUACCGUGUGAGAGAAACAUACAGCUAAAGGACCAGUCUACCUGUCAAAGUUAGAUUGGUCUAUAUCAUUUUGUUUACAACACUUUAUAUCUUUAAUACACUGUCUGAGAAAAUUUACAAGUUUUUCUCAACACCUCUAA